CCGGCCCUGCCCUGCCCUGCCCAGGCUGUGGGCGAGGCUGAUCCUGGGGAGAGUGGGUGGGAGGUCCUAGCUCUCUGGGGCUGGGCCUCCCCAGCAACCUCCCUCCCGCCUGGCCCCCAUUUGCUUAAACCUAGGCUUUUCUCCACCACCUCCUGGUCUAGCCCCUAUGUGCCUCCUACUCCUCCUUCCCCUUGGCUCCUUUCUCCACCCCCACCUCCCCCUUCCUUUGCCUGUCUCCUUUUCCCUUCCAUCCAUCUUAAAGGAAGCAAGGACCACACUGUUUCCCUACCUGUAACACACCCAGAUUCUCCUCAAACUUGGGGAGAGGUUCUUUCCAGAAGCCUUGAGCCAACCCUGAUCUCCAGGAUGUGUGUGUGGUGCUUGUGGGGGGAGGUGAACUUGGGGAUGGUAGCUGGAGAGACCAGGAGAUAAGUAGCUGGCGAACUCACAUGGUCAGGGAGGAAUCGAGUGUGGGAGCACAUGCCUCGGGUGAGCCCUACCCCAGAAUAAACGACCAACAAAGAUCUGACCGUGAAUGAAUGAAUGACAACUGCUAUCAGUGAAAAGAGAUCUGUCCUGCUGCAUGACCCAGGGCAGAGUCCUUAGCCAGGAUGGAGGCUGUUGUGAACUUGUACCAGGAGAUGAUGAAGCAUGCAGAUCCUCGGAUCCAGGGCUACCCUCUGAUGGGGUCCCCCCUGCUAAUGACCUCCAUCCUCCUGACCUAUGUGUACUUCGUUCUUUCACUUGGGCCUCGCAUCAUGGCCAAUCGGAAGCCCUUCCAGCUCCGCGGCUUCAUGAUUGUCUACAACUUCUCACUGGUGGCAUUUUCGCUCUACAUUGUCUACGAGUUCCUGAUGUCUGGCUGGCUGAGUACAUACACCUGGCGCUGUGACCCAGUGGACUUUUCCAACAACCCGGAGGCACUGAGGAUGGUUCGAGUGGCCUGGCUGUUCCUCUUCUCCAAGUUCAUUGAGCUGAUAGACACGAUCAUCUUUAUUCUCCGGAAAAAAGAUGGACAGGUGACCUUCCUACAUGUUUUCCACCACUCAGUGCUUCCUUGGAGCUGGUGGUGGGGGGUAAAAAUUGCCCCAGGAGGAAUGGGCUCUUUCCACGCCAUGAUCAACUCCUCUGUGCACGUGGUCAUGUACCUGUACUAUGGAUUGUCUGCCCUUGGCCCUGUGGCUCAGCCCUACCUUUGGUGGAAAAAGCACAUGACAGCCAUCCAGCUGAUCCAGUUUGUCCUGGUCUCGCUGCACAUCUCCCAGUACUACUUCAUGCCCAGCUGUAACUACCAGUACCCAGUCAUCAUCCACCUCAUCUGGAUGUACGGCACCAUCUUCUUCGUGCUCUUCUCCAAUUUCUGGUAUCAAUCUUACACCAAAGGCAAGCGGCUGCCCCGUGUACUUCAGCAAAACGGAGCUCCAGGUACUGCCAAAGUCAAGGCCAACUGAGAAACAUGGCCUAGCUGGGCGCCCACCUAAGUGCCUCAGGACUGCACCUUGGGCAGCAUCUGUCAUUGUCCUCCCCAGCUACACCUGUGACCAGAGCUCAUGUGAUCAGGACUGAGCUGGGGGACAGGCCCUCUGCUCCCCACAGCUGGUACACAGGGACCACUGCUUCCGUUCCUCCCCCACUUCUCCCGGCCAGCCCCAGGGAUGUGGCCUCACCGCCCUCUGCCGCUCCAGAGCAGAGCUCGGGGCCUGGAAGGGCUGGACACUUACUUUCCCCUCCCUGCCUUACACUUGGGAGAGGAGCACUCAGGGCUGGCCCCCACCAGGGUCUUGUGGCCUUUUUCCUCACACUGAAGAGGUCAGCAAUAAUCUGUCACUAUGGACCCAGGCUCCCUCCUUGUCCACCUCACACUGAAGCAGGAGCUUCUUGGCCAAAGGUCAGGGUGGGUGGGAGGCCUGGGAAUAUAGCCUGUGGAGGCUGCUCACUCACUUAUGUCUCCAUUAAAAGUGACAGAGGUAA